AUUUAGUCGGCAAACUUUGAGCAAAACACACUUCAUAUCGACACUCGAGACAAAAUACACAACAGCCACGGAUAAUUGUACUCCCUGCCACAAUAUACAUAAUGACAGAAAGGAAGGAGAGCGAGAGAGAUACCAUACGGUGUGAAGUGCUUAAUAAUUCAAUUCCUCUGUGAUGUGAAUCCGGUUCGUAUUUUGCUCUGCGCCUGAGGGCGGUGUGUGAGAGUGCCAAUCCAAAUCAGAAUCACACGGGACUAGUGAAGAGACGACCUACACAACUGAAGUUAACAAAGAAAUAACGACGAGAAUGAAUGACCCAGAGCAUCUUAGAUAAGAGCAGGUGUGAUCUGUGCCAGUGAUGGAAGGGGAACCGCUACUGGAUCUUGGUCACCUGACUGAGGAGGAGCAAAUUGUUAUUCUCAAUGUGCUGCUGAAAGAUGCUCAACUGCGUAGCAAAGAGGAAGGGAGAGUAUGUAAGCUGCACCAGACAGAGUCAGACCCUGUCCGUCUGCGCUCACUUUCUGGGGCGUGGUUUCAUGAAGAACGCGCUAAGAGAUAUCAGAUAGGAGGAUCUGAUGUUGUGCAUGCAUCUAUACGCAGAAAAAAGCGUGAUAAAGGUGUACCCCUGAUGGCAAUAUUUGGUGGAGAAAAAAAUAAUAACUCUUCUCCAUUACCUGAGCAGCAAGAAGGAAGGUAUACAGAGAAAGAAGUGCAUGAAAAUAAAAGUGUAACAGUGGAUGACAAGAGUCAGGGAGAAAAGGAAUGUGGGGAUAGUCUCAUUCCCAGGUUGGCCAGUGAAUCUAGCCCUAAGAUAAGACACGUCAUAAAGAACAAUGCAGUGGAAAGAAAUGGUGUUUCAACACUUCAAGGAACUGUUGUGGAGUCAGCAGACAUAGUCAGUAGGAUUCUGCCAUGUGCAUCACCACCUCUGCAGGUUGACUUGGAGGGGGACAUUGACUCUUUCAGAACUGAACUGGACCAUACUAGAUUUGGUUCAGUUAGCAGCUUGAUCUCCCAUCAAAUGAUGAAUGGCAGUUUGAUGAGCCUGUACAGCGUGGGCGAUUUCAGGGAUGUUGUUGUAUCAGGGCGGAUCCAGUUUUCUUUGCAGUAUGAUGACAAGAGGGAGGAGCUACAUGUGCGCAUUAUAUGCUGCCAAGACCUUGCGUCAGCCCGCAAAAAACUAUCAAACCCGUAUGUGAAAGUUUACCUUCUCCCAGAUAACACGUCCCGCAGUAAGAAAAAAACUGCAGUGAAGAGGAAAUCAUUAAAUCCAGUCUACGAUGAAACCAUGAAAUACAAAGUGCACAGGCUUGACCUUCAGGCUCGUGUGUUGAGUAUUUCUGUCUGGCACAUGGAGCGAAUGAGAAGAAAUGUCUUCCUGGGGGAGGUGGAAGUGAGGCUGGGUCAGUGGGACUGGAGCCAGAGCCAACCAGCCUGGCACACCCUCCAGCCAAGAGUUCGAAUAAGUCCAGAUGCCAUCAUCAGUAGGGGGACAAUUCUGUUCUCAAUUAAGUUUAUACCUCCAGACUCAGAUGAAGAUGGUUAUCCACUGACUGGUGAGCUGCAUAUUUGGUUGAGAGAGAUUGUCGGUCUCCUUCCUACAAAACGUGGGGCACCCAAUACGUAUGUGAAAAGUGUGGUACUGCCGGAUGAAAGUGGUGUUAGUGGUCAGCAGACUCGUGUAGUACGGGGAUCUGUCAACCCACUGUUCAACCACACUAUGGUUUAUGACGGGUUUCAGUCCAGUGACCUCAUUCAAGCCUGUGCUGAGAUAACUGUGUGGAGCCCACAGCCCUCCAGCUGUCUUGGUGGAGUACGUCUCAGCACUGGUUCAGGUGUGAGUUAUGGUCAGUCUGUUUGCUGGAUGGACUCUACUGAAGAGGAGAUCAGUGUGUGGUCAAGUGUUAUUCAGAGCCCUAACAGCUGGGUGGACACUUGUCUGCCAAUCAGAACCAACUUACAGCUCUGCACGGAGUAAACUGUGUUAGACCUGUGCAUAUUCAACAUGUGAUCUUGGCUGUGCAACAUUCAGAGCAAUUCAUAAUUUCUGUUAUAUGUAGAUUAUUUGUGAGAUGCAUAAAUUGGUCUGAAUUAUGAUUUCACGAAAAAUUCCCUAAUGAAAGUUUGAUGGAUAUAACAGAGAAUCAGGAUAGAAGUGAGAAACACAGGGCAGAAUUUUAAUAUGAAUUUAGAAGUGCUCCACGUCAGCACAGGCUCAAAAACAACUUCAAAUUUUUGCAACAGAACAGAAAUUAGAACAACCACCUCUACAUAACACAUUUUGUCAACAUGUAGUGGAAUUUUUGUAAAAAAGAAAAAAUCUUUAUAUUGCAAAUGAAAACUAUAGUUCGUACGUUUAAAUGUUGUCACCAUUAGGGGAUAUGAGUGUUUUUGCUUUUGUCACACAAUAUUAGAAUCUGAAUAGGAAAAGAAUGAGAAAUCACAGUCGUAACAUAAGUAAUUCAACUAACUUAUGCUGUCCUCAGAUAGGGAUAGUAUUUAUAUUUUUUCCUCAAAAUUUUUAAUAUCUGUGUUUUUUAAUAGCUAUAUUUUGUUUAAUGGAGAAACCCCAUCUUCAAGGUAUUUUCAGGCCAGAAAGUAAUUUUGUCAUGUUAAAUGAUCCUGCAAAUGUGAUCCUUUCACAAUUUUGUAACAGGUCUUUUUUUGUAACAGUUCUCAGGGUGACAAGCUAUUGUAUAGCUUGCCAUUUGUAAUGAAACUGAUUAUUACAAUGUUUUCUGCCAUUACAAAUGUAUAUAGCAUCAACAAAAAUGACUACUUAUAAAAUAAAGGUUUACUGAUAUUGUAUAACUUAUUUUUUGCAAGACUAUCAAUAUAAUUUGUUUUAAAACAAGUGCUUGCUGUAAAGGAUUAGUUCACCAAAAAUUAAAAUUCUCA